AUGGAAUUAGGAAAGUUGGAUGGCAGAGCCUUUUGGGAGCAGAAGCAGAAGCAUCAGAUUUCAGAGUGUAUAAUCAAUCAAAAGCUGGAACAAGAAAAGCACAACAAGGGUCUGAGUCUGGAUCCUCAAAGGAAUCAUCAUUAUCAUCCCAACCAAAACCAAAACCAAGAUUCAUCUUUAAGACAUGUAGUAGAAGAGGGAAAACUAGAAGAAGAAAACCAAGACCCUUUAGAAAAAGAACCCCAAUUUUACCUCUAUCCUCAACAACAAGCAUUUUUUCCACACCAUCAUCAGCUGCUGCCACCACAACCCCAGCCUCCCAAGAAACGUUCGUACUUCCCUUCAUUGGAGCAAAACGUCGAACAUGCAACAGUGGGAGAAAAAAUGGGAGACAGUCAACACCAAAAUCACCGAACCACAUCAAGAUUGGGCAUAAGGAGCACUGUAGGCGAGAUAGUAGAAGUUCAAGGUGGUCACAUUGUAAGGUCUACAGGGCGCAAAGACCGCCACAGCAAGGUUUGCACAGCCAAAGGCCCAAGGGACCGCCGUGUACGCCUCUCUGCUCAUACUGCUAUUCAGUUCUACGAUGUCCAAGACCGCCUUGGCUAUGACCGUCCUAGUAAAGCUGUGGAUUGGCUCAUCAAAAAGGCUAAACCCGCCAUUGAUGAACUAGCUGAGUUACCCGCCUGGAAACCCUCACUUGGUUCUGUUUCUGUAUCUGCAUCUGCUGCAAACACUAGUAAUCUUGAACAAGACCAAUCUCAAGAUGAGAACUUUACAUUCCACCAAGAAAAUGCUACUACUAGUUUGUUUGAUAAUGCUGCUGGCCCUUCUAAUAAAAGGGCAAUGGCAACUCUGCGGAAUGAAACCAAUACUAGUGGUAGCUUUCUGCCUCCAUCUUUAGAAUCUGAUGCUAUUGCUGAUACUAUUAAGUCCUUUUUCCCAAUGGGUUCUUCAACAGCAACAAAUUCUUCAGCUAUGCAGUUUCAGAGCUUCCACCAAGAGACUAACAAUAUGUUGUCAAGAACCAGUAUCCAGAACCAAGAUUUGAGGCUCUCUUUACAAUUUCAAGAUCCUAUUUUGCUGCACCACCAAAACCAGCACCCAAAUAAGACCUAUGCAACAGAAAUUCUUCUUCUUCGGCUGCGAGACAGGAUUAUGUCAGAGGCACAUUAUUCAUGGUAUUCCAUUCACCCUGGGUCGACAAAGAUGUAUCAUGACAUUAAGGAUGUGUAUUGGUGGAGCGAUAUGAAAAAGAACAUUGCUGAGUAUGUCGCUCAAUGCCCUAGUUGCCAGCAGGUGAAAAUAGAGCACCAGAAGCCUGGAGGGCUAAUGCAGACUAUAGAAAUCCCAACAUGGAAAUGGGAGGCGAUAAACAUGGACUUUAUCAUGGGUUUACCUCGUCCCCAUCGAAAGUUUGAUUCCAUAUGGGUGAUAGUUGACAGGCUCACGAAAUCAGCUCAUUUCCUACCGGUCAGAUCUACAUAUACAGUAGAAGAUUAUGCAAAAUUAUAUAUUAAGGAGAUAGUGCGAUUACACGGAGUACCUGUAUCUAUUAUAUCUGACCGUGGGGCCCAGUUUACAGCACAUUUUUGGAGGUCAUUUCAGAAAGGUCUAGGGACUCAAGUGAAUCUCAACACAACUUUUCAUCCACAAACGGAUUGA